GGUAGAUUGGCUGCCCAUAGGCAGACUACGAUUAGCCAGAUUCACAAGGACUACGGACUUACCAAAGACGAUUAGCAUACCUCACGUAUCAGUAGUAUCACAACGAUGUUUCAGAGCGUUGGUCCGCAUUGAACUGUGCGAAUAGAUGCCCGCUAGCCUAGCUGUGUUCACCCACCUUGCUCCCGUAACAUUUUGCGUGGUACGACCUCAGACCUCCUCAGACAGCCCCAUCGGAGACCGUCACGCAUAUAAGGAGCGACAUAUCCCAGUCCGACGUCCAAUUACGUCGACUCAGCAUGGACCAACCAGCGACUCAAUCCAACUCGUCAAUUUCCAACUCCCUCGCAGACAGCUCAUCCUCGAGCUCGCGCGACAUCAUCCUGGCCACGCCGCCGUAGGCCAACCGCCUCUUGGGAGGCUUCGGGAGCGGACGGGGAUUUGGCUUGGGUCGGGCUUAUGUGACGGACGCUUGGGUGACGGGGUCUUGGGGAGGGGACGCGGUAGCUUCGGCAGGGAACGAUUGCCUGGCCCCGCCGCCAUACAUUAUGGUCGAGACCGACCUCGUGCAAGGAUUCAUCCUCGGUUAUUGUGCGAGUCCACCUGUAUGGAUAGCGUCAACAUCCAGUACGCCACAUAUACAGAUGAGAUCGAGUUGAUUUACUGUUCUGCGGGGAAGUGCCAAAGCCGGCGAGGCAGUGGCGACAGCGAAGAGCAUCAAGAGUACGGUGGUACACCGCAUGAUGAACUAGAGUCGUAAGACGGACGUGACAAAAAGAACGACGGGCGUAACAAAAAAGCGGGGC